GGUAACUGGCGGUCAGAGUUCGCCGGGCUGAUGGAGCCCGCAUUGGCUGCCAGGCGUUAGCGCGGCGUUAGCGCUGUCACCCGGAGCGGCGGUGCUGAAACUGGCUGCCCACUGCGAUGUGGCCGCUACUCCUGGCGCUGCUCUGGCCCUCGGCUCAUCGCUUUGCCGGCUGCCAUCGGGGCGUUUGGGAGGGGACAGGGCAGCGGGAGGUUUACUACCUGAUGGACGGCCCCUACUGCGCGAAGUGGUCUGCAGCCCCCAGCGCUGCAAAGCAGCUGAGGUUUACCCAGAUCAGCGACGGCGCCGAGAUGGUUAAAUCCAUGUUGCAGAGCGAUGGCCAGGUCCUGGAGUGCUCUGCCACCGGAGAUCGGGUUGCAGUCCGGUCCUUUAUGAACGACUGCACUCGGCGGGCGGCCGACUCCCCGUUAACUGGGAGGAUUUUCCUGAACCAGCAAUGGGCGACCGAUAGAGCCGAGUGCCAGCGGUUCCUGCGCCAGAGAGGAGCGGCGACCCUGGCUCUUUCCCAAGGAGACGUGGCUCCACGCCGGGUGCCUCGGGAGGCUCGAUCCGAUGGGGAAGCCGUUCUCCACAGGAGGAAAAGAGGUUUCACUUACCCCGGGACCCUGUGGUGUGGGUCAGGCAAUAACGCCGAGAGCUACGACCAUUUGGGCGAGUUUUCCGAGACGGACAAAUGCUGCCGGGAGCACGACCAUUGUGCUCAUGUGAUCUACCCUCUCGCUUAUUCCUACGGUCACAGGAACUUCAGGCUGCAUACCAUGAGCCAUUGUGACUGCGACGCCGAGUUAAAGCAGUGCUUGCGAAGAGUCAAUGACACAACUUCCCGGAUUGUAGGUCAGGCCUUCUUCAAUGUGUUAGAAGUACCUUGCUUUGACUUGGCCUACAAGGAGCAGUGUGUGGAACGGUAUUGGUAUGGCUGGUGCAAGAGGUACGAUCGCGUUCUUGUUGCUGUACCUAGAGAGUCUGUGCUCUUUGAUUAUGGAGGAGAUUUGAUCGAUAAUUCAAUGAUUGAGUCUAAGACCGAUGCCAGUUCCCCAACAACCUUCUCUUGGAUAAGCAGCACUCCAUCAUUUACAGCCAUUCCUGGUACCCCAAAACCAGAAGCUACAAGUCAACAAUCAACUCUUGGCCAAGUACUUAAUGCAGCUGAAGACCUCCUUAAAGUCAUGGCAACUGUCACACAGAGCUCUGCCCAUGGUAAUACGCCUGGGACUGCAAGCAGCUCUGUAAAUGAGAAGGUUGGCAUUUCAUUGAACAAAGCCAAGGAGGAGAAAAAGAAAAGAAGGAAAGGCAAAAAGAGAAGAAAGGAGAAAGGAAAGAAGAAAAAUCGUAAAGACAAAUCUGGUUCCAAGGGCAGCAAAGCAACUAAUGUAUUGCAAGUUCUGGAAACGAAAAUUCAUAACAAGAAGGACUAUUUCACUGAGAUUGAGAAGACAGGAAACAGUAAUGAACUUGGCCAACAUUUCUUUGGUAAUUCUUUGGAUUCAAUGAUAAACAGAGAUAAAUUUAAUGAUGUGAUGAAUGAUGAAUCCCAAAGGGUGGAUAGUUACACUCAGCUGCAUAAGACAUCCACUGAGACAGCGGCCAAACCCAAUCAGAGAUUUCAGCAUUACAGAAUUGAAGGCUUUACGCCCCUCUUGGUUACACAGGACCCUGCAGCUGAAUUCUAUAGAGAAAAUUCGACUGCCAAAUUAUGGCACAAGCCAGUUGAUGGGCAUCAAUCUCACAGAGAAGGAACUUUCACCUUGGCACCGACUAAACAAAGUCCUAAUUCCCACUCCUUCAAAAAAGAACCUUCUGUUUUAACAGUGAUUACACCUGGACAAUAUAAAGAGGAGACAUCUACUCCAUCAAUUAUCCACACAAUGCCUAAAGAAGUGGCAAUAAAUUCUCAGCUGAAAGCAAACCACUUGGUUCCCCCGUUAGGUAGCAUAAUCAAGAAACAACGGCGUAAAAGGAAGGGCAGGAGAAGGCAAAAUCUAAGAUCUCAACAAAAAAGUAAGAUGACUAUACCAACAGCUCCUGGCAAGAUUAUUCAUGGAGAACUUGAUAAGUAGCAUUGCAGCAAAAUUCCCAUUGACCACAUAACAAUGUAUGUAUGCCCCAAAUCAACAAUUAUACCAUAAUGCAUUAACAUUUUGUGAAUGGUGAAAGAAUGCAUGACUUUACAACUGAUUAUUGGACAACACAAAGAUUCUUUAAAUAGACUAGAAAUAUACACUGACACUUGUGAUAAGUUUUGAUUCUUUAUUGCUUCACGUUUGUACAGAUGGACUUACCUACAGCAUAGAAAGGAAACUUUAUAAAGUUUAAUAAAUUUAACACCUUUUUAA